UUUAAAAUCCACUUUUUAAAAAAAGUUCUAAAUAUUAUUUACAUUAGAUGUCAGUGGUGAUUGUUAACGUGACAAAAUGGCGUUGUCUCUAAUGAGACUUGGAUUUCGUUCGGUUGCAUCGAAACUAGAAAGAUCAGCGGCUAUUCUUUCAAAUACCAGUGUCCAGAAUCAGAUGAAAUUGAUCCACUCGAAAGUAACGUGUAAUGGUAAUGUAUGCUAUUUGCAAGCUUUCCAAGAUCAAAGAGAUAUCGACCUAUCGGAGUACGCUGGGGCUCUGAGACGGAACUACAGCAAACACCACGGCAGGCCCGAAGAAAAUAGGAGGAAAAAGGAAUCCGACAGCGAAAGCGACUCAGACUGUGACACAGAAUGCAAGGGAUUCGAUCGCUCGGAGUUCUGGCGGCGGAAAAUGCGCACAGUACACAACAUCCUCGACGUAGACAAGGAUGGAUUGAUCUCAUUUAAUGACUUCUUGCUCUUCUCGGAGCGUUUUAAGUCCUUAGGACAUCUAGACGAGCAGCAAGCGAAGGAAUUUACUGCUAUAAUUAAGUUAACGUGGGAAGAACAAUGGGGUGCCAUAGACCCCUACAACUUCGUAACAGUGGAGCAGUAUCUAGAAGAUAUGCACCACGUGCUCAAUGACAAGACUUUGAAGAAGAAGGCCCACCGAUGGCUCCCUUAUUUGUUUAAGGCAGUUGACAAAGACAAGUCCGGGUUCAUCUCCGUGAAGGAGUUCAAGUUGUUCUUCCGAUGCCUCGGCCUCGACAACGAACACGCAGCCGUCGCCUUCGCCGUCAUCGACGUCAACGGGGAUGGUAAAUUGUCGCUGAAAGAAUUCGUGAAACUCGGUAAGGAUUUCUUCACCACAGAAGACGAAUCGCGAGUGUCCAAGAUGUUCUGGGGUCCACUUAUCGAUGUGUGAUUUUAUAAGACGCGAAAAUCAUAUUGAAAAAUUGCAACAGAAGUCGGCCAAUUAGUAAAUUAAUCUGUGUCUGUUUUGCUUCGAUUACUUAACCUAAAAUAAUUUAAGCAGCGUCGUUGCCUC